UUUACACCCUUCAUCCCAAUCAAUUUGGAGGAACAUUGUACCUGACAAGAAUUGAUUUUCUGCUAAAUGUUUUUCUCCCAACGUGUGACUCUCAAAAAAAUGUUUUUAGAUUUUCCAGUAUGUGGUAAGCAAGACGUGUAACAGUCCAGGGCACUCCAAUAACUUAACAAUCUUAAUAAAACUACAACACAAACAGUAUAAGAAUAGGAUUAAACAGAAAUAAGCACUUCACUUCAGACAAAUAUAAGCAAUUUUUGAAAUCUUACAUAGAAACCAGGCUAAAUAAAAUAAAUUACACAGCAAUAAUUAAUCAAAGGUUAAGAUAUUUCAAAGAGAAAUGGUGAAGUAGACUUUUUUAUUUAUUGUUUUAAAACUUUUAUCUACAUUUAGCAUAGGACCUGUAACUUUUUCAAUCCAAUGCUGACAUUUUUGCCCCCACUCCUACAAAAUAAAAUGUGUCCUGGAAGUAAAGAAACAACGAAGGAGCGUAGGAAGGAAAGAAGGAAGAAAUGAGACAAAUAAGGGCAGAAGAGAUUAUAUGAGGCAAAAAACAAUGAAGAACACAGUUUUAAAAUACUAAGGUCAGGUUUUGUACUUUUCCAGGUAACACUGUAUCUCGUAGUUACUUUUCCUGAUCUGAUUCAGCUUCAGUCGUCUCUUGGUUGCAGCACCUCCUUUGGCCACUAGGUUUCCCAUCGGCCUAUCAACGCUCUCCUCGGCGCUUACGACAAAGUCGGGAAGCAGCAAGCUGCUCGCUUUGUUUUGUUUUGGUAGUAGGAGUUGGAGGAGCAGAGGAAGGCCGACAGACAGAGGUCCUCGUGGGGCAGACCUGCUCGCUAAAUGGGGAGAGCUAAAUCGGGGAUGGAAGAUGACGAACCGAUAGCUGACGCCUGCGAGAUGCCGAGCUUUAUAAGCGAUUUCGAAGAGGGAAGGGGGAAAUUGUCCCGCAACCAGCCGACAGGAACUUCCAUCACGGACGGUGAAGUUGAGGUGCCAGUAGGGGGCCUGAGCCGAUCUGUCAUCCGUUCAAACUCCCGCUUUUCCCUCGACGGAGGCGACGGGAGGACGUGGAAGAGGAGAGGCGAGGGAGAGAGGGAUGCGGAGGGCAACAACAACAACAACUGCAACGGCGGAGGAGUCGGAGCAGCAGGGAGGAGGAGGAGGGCGAGCGCUGUGGAGGUACUGAGGAGGAAUUUCGGCGAUACCAAGUCGCCCUCUCGCUGUUUCAGUGCAAAAAGUCGGAUGCAGAGCGGAGUGGAACAUGGAGCCGGCGGAGAAAGUGGUAAUAACGACUGUAAGGACGUGGAUGGAGCAGAAUGUGGUGAGUGUCCAAAGUCGGACGUAGAGACGGGAGGAGCCGGUGAUAAAAACGAGCUGCCUUCAAACGAGUUGACGACUUCAGAUGUUACAGGAGUUAAAUAUUUAACGGUCAGAGAGAAGUGCCACCCUAAAACUGAAGACGACAGCAACACUGUGACUUUAAGUGAGUCGCUUAGUGCCAAAGAGCACGUUUACUGUACGGUAUACUGCAUUGCCAACGAGACUCAUCGGACAGAUGCUGAAAUCACGGACCGCUACGAUGACGCUGUCACAUCGGACGAAACAGAAACAGACUUGGAGACCGUAACGGUGGGGGACCAGGGCACCGAACCGGUGCUGUACACGCUGGAUGACCUGGUGGACCCGUUCGGGGACAUAUCCCACCGCCUGGAUAGGGUGCAGGCCGGUGCGGAGAGUCACAUAGAGGAUUGCCGGGUGUGCCUGGAGGAGAAACCCAUCGCAUCCCUGCCCUGCUGCGGGAAGGCCUUGUGUGAGGAGUGUCUGAAAAUCUACGUCAGCUCCCUGGUGAAGGAGGGCAAUGUUGUCAUCAACUGUCCAAUCACGGAGUGUACCGGCACCCUGGAGGAGGGAUUAAUAAUUUCCCACUUGAGCAGGGAAGGGGUGGUAAAGUACCGCUACUUUUUGCAGCUAAGUCAGCUGGACUCGAGCACAAAACCCUGUCCCCAGUGCAGCCACUUCACCUCUCUGAAGGAAAGCAGCACGAACCGCAACGACCACAAAUACAAGAUCCAGUGCAUCAGCUGCCAGUUUGUGUGGUGUUUUAAAUGCCAUGCGCCCUGGCAUGAUGGAAUCAAGUGUCGCGACUACAUUCAAGGGGACAAGCUGCUACGAACCUGGGCGAGUGUCAUCGAGCAUGGGCAGAGGAACGCCCAGAAAUGUCCACGGUGCAAGAUCCACAUCCAGCGAACCGAGGGAUGUGAUCACAUGGCCUGUUCCCAGUGUGGCACUAACUUCUGUUACCGCUGUGGAGAGCGUUACCGAAGCCUCAGAUUCUUCGGGGACCACAAUUCCAACCUCAGUGUGUUUGGCUGCAAAUACCGAUUCUUCCCUGAUAGGCCCCACGUCAGGCGGCUACUUAGAGGCUCUGUCUUUGCUGCUAAAUCGUUGUUAGCUCCGCUGGUCUUCGUGCUGAUGAUAGUAGUCGGAGCUCUCGCUCUGGUGAUAGGUUUGUUUGUUUUCCCCGUCUACUACUUUUGUAAAAAGAGGAAGAAGGAGCAGGAGCAGCAAACCCGAGGCUCCGGGCGCUGGAUCUAGCCCCCUCCUUUCCGAGAAAAGGCCGACACCCACAUCUCCUCAGGGACAGAUGCGCCAGCCGAGAAAACUCAGAAGAGUCAGACUUCACAAAACACACACGGGCUGUUGGAGGGGUACUUUCUUGGAGCGGAGUGAGCCCUUGACAAUUGCACACCAACACAUGGAGUUUAUUUAUAUUGCAUGAGACCGCUGUUGAAAUAUGAAGGCUGGAUGUCGAAGCAGAAGAGCAACCCAAAUCUAUUUGGACUGAAUUAUGAGGCAACAAGAGCAUUGUCGCAUAGUAAAGAAAGAAUUGUGGUCAGGUUAUAGCACACACUCUCCACGUUUGUUUUUAUUAUUAUUAUUUUACCUCAGAUUUAAUGACAAAUAACACAAUCCAAAUCGAAAAACGAAGUUUUUAUGUUUGAAGGAGGCUUUGGGGAGUUUUGGAUAAACAAACUUUCCAUACACUCUUCAUGGGGAUAAAUGCCGUCAUUAAUUCUGGGCUUUGAAAACGCAUUUGUAGAGUUCCCAGGUUGUCAAGCAGCCCAACUAUUGGCUUAAUUCUGGCCCUUUUUUUCAUAUCAGAAAAAGGUUUUAUAAUCAGAUGAGGCAGAGACUGAGCUGUCCGGUCUUAAUUAUAAGAAGGGUCUUUGGAGAAUUCAGGAUGAGGCUUGUAAACCUCUGGACUGGUGAAAGAACAAUUCACAAUCAUUAUUAAAGGCCUAUCAUUAAUAUUACAUGCAGGACAGUGAUGAUUGUAUGUAAACGUCUGACCAGAGCCGUUGGAGAGCAGCAGAUCAUGACAGACAAAUUAUUCUCAAUGCGCUUCUUCAUUUUUCGCUAAUCUAGUCAGGACCGAAAAGUUUUCACUGCGAUUUGAGUCUCACACUCAGGAAGAUGAUGUGAAAAAAAAUCUAGUGACACAUGAGAUAAAUUUGGAUCAUAAUUUCUCGCUAUAAGGUCUGAAAAUCAGUCGUGUGUGUGCGCCCAGUUCUAGAAAUUGAGGUUGAGUCCUAAUGAAACGCUGAAAGCAGCAACCCCCUUCUGCCUGGUUUGUGUUCUGACACUCCGUCUGUCCUUCCAUCCCUGUUUUUGGCUCUGAUACCAGACGUCAUCCAUUCUCCGCCUGCUUUCCGUGUCAUCAAAAACAGCUACCAAAAAAAAAAAAAGGCAGCUGUGCCAAAACAAAAUGCUGAAUGUGGUGCAACAUACAAUUGAUCUGGUCGCCGUGUUGUUUUGUUAUCUUUUAGGGUUUAGCAUGUUUUGUACUGUUGCUCUCCUGCCAUCCCAUUCAUGCUGUCUGAACUUUUUCACAUUUUCUCAUGCUACCAAACAUUAAGGAAAAGAAAAUGAUAGAUGGUUGUAGUUUAACAAAAAAAAAAACUUGUGAAAGGUGUGACAUGCAUUUAAAGUCUACUUUAUCAGGCUGUAAUACAACAGAUUGUCUUCAGUCAGAGGCUUCUUCCGAUCUGCUGUAAUACAGACUGCUUCAAGAGAUCCUUCCUGCCCACAGCCAUCAUCAUCUACAAUAAAUCUCUGAAGAAACAUAGAUAAUAUGAGUCACAACAUUCAUUUUCCUUUUGAAAUUAAUUGUUUUAUUUAUAUUAGUUGACACUGUAUUUUACUUAGUGGUAUCAGACUGAAUGGGCUAAAAGCAAAUGUCUGACGCCUUUUUCAGAUUUUUUUCUACAUUGCUGUCUUCUUAACUCAAACGCGGCUACCAGAUGCUUGGUGCGGGUCUAUCCCAUAAAAUCAAAAUAAUAUAUCUUGACAAAAUGUUAAAAAGUUCAAUGGUUCUGUAGUUGUACUUGUGCCUCCUGGGGAGACAAACUUAAAGGUCGAAAUGUCAGUUUAGUGCAGAUGAAAAAGUGCAGAGAAUGAUUUAAAAAAAAAUACUGCCCUUUCUAUUUACCUUGUUCAGCCUGGUUAGUGCUUUAUCAAUGAGUUCAACAGGGUUUUGUAUAGCGUUAUUAUUUCUAAGAUAGUCAGAUUUCAUAGUUUAUAAGAUGUGAUCCAGAAGGACUGGUUCUUUUUAUGAACCUGAAAUAUUUUUUUUAACUUUGAAGGAAGAAUGUAAGUCUCUGCCAGGGAAUCGAUUUCAAAAGGUUUAAAGGUCAGCUGACGGUCUCCUAUCGCAAGCUUCUCUCUGAAUUUUAAGGAAGUUUUAUUAUUAUUAAAAAAAAAAAAAAGAGAAAGGUUAACCAUCUUUAUGCUCCUAAUCUUUGGGUUUCUAUGAACACCAAAUUUGGAGUCAUUCAUGCCUAUCCUUUUAACGACCUGCUUUUGUUUCCUUGCUCUUUCACGUGGAAUUCACGAAAGAAAGCUGAAAAUUGAUGGCCGAGUUGUGUCACUGCACCUGUAAAUCUGUAAAUGUCACAGCGCUGAAUCUACACUCAAGGAUUAAUGACAUCAAUUUAAGAAGAAAAGACAGGAUUUACCUUUGUGCUUGUCAAACAUUUGUCAGUAAAAAAAAAAGCUUUUAGUUGAGCUUUAUCCCAGGGACAUGACACAUUUUCUACAUCUGGAGUGUUAAGAAGUGUCAAAUAAAGUUACACUGUAAUAAUAGAGUUCACAACGUACACUCGCAUUAUAUCCCUGCACGUUCCUUUUGUGUAGUUUUUAGUAGUCCUAUAGAUUUGGGUUGAAUCCUCUCUCAGGGAGUUUGUUUUGUGUUCACUGGACCCAGAUCCCAACCCGGACAUUAGCUGUGCCAAAGAAAUUGCUGAACAGCACCGUGGACUCUGAAUGCUUCCUGGUAGGCUUGCCAGCUGCUGCCGCGCUAAACAUAUUGGAUUCCAGGAAGCAAAGUGCACUGCGGCUUCAAAAGGAGAUCAGAGUUGUGUUUUAGUGUUGCCAACGCUGACUCUCUCUCCCAGCCUGACUCAGCUGGAUUGUGAACUCUUUGUUGGGGGUGAGAGGGAUGAAAUCCAUGAUUGAAAAGCAGAAUAAUAAAAGCAGGCAUACGUGUUCGCAAGACAGAAAUUGGAAACUGUACAACCCUCAUUCCCAUGUACCUUAAUAACAUUCACACUGCUCCACUAGUUCUGCACUGUCAUGUUUCACAGCUGCUUUUUAAAGGUAUUAUUUAUAAUGAACAUGUGCAUCUAAAACUGUCCCCCAUUAGAUAAACAUUAUUGUAAUUUUCUAGAUUCUUUCUGCAGAGUCAAUGACAUUGUUUUAUUUUGUUGUUGUUUUUUUCAGUGCCAUUUUACAAGAAGGUUGUCGUUUACAGCGCCUUACAAAAGUUCCCUUACCAAAUUUUUACAAUGUAUUUUACUGGGAAUUCCUGUGAAGACAUCUUCAUAAAAUCUUAAAUGAAAUACACAAAGGUAUAGAGUAGCAUGAGAAAAAAGUUUGAGAGGUAUGAAAACUUUUGCAACAGACCGUAUUUGGACUUUCCCCACCUUUGAAAUUAUAAUUGUGCUAACUUGGCUUGUUACCAGAAAGUUUUCUGUAAAAUGGACGUGAAAUUUGAGGAACAAAACCUACUUCCUUGGAUAAUAUUUUUCUACGUGAUUGAUAUUGCAUUUUAUGAUAUCGUUUUUCCUUUGUUUUGUCAUAGUUGAUACAAAUGAAUCAGGUUUUGUGAUAGCAGGGCUGCUGAGAUGCAUGUGUAUAUAUUUUCCCAGUAAAACUACAAUGUCUGGCAUAAACGUCGCCAUGGCUGGAGAUCAGAUUUUGAAGAUGUGUUUUAGAGAGUUGCAGAAUGUAUCACACCCUGGCCUUUUAUUUUGUAUUUAUUAAGCCUUCAUCCUCAACAAAGUAAUAUAGUCAUGCAUAAAAACAUGAUAAAAAAUUAUCUGAAAAUUAUCUGCUCAGUAAUCAAAGGCAAUAAGUUUAGGUGUGAUGUCCCAAAACCACAAUCCGGGGUGUAGCCUACAUCCAAAACCUGCCUGUAAAUUUGCACGUCACUUUAUUUUGGCUCAUGUUUUCCUAACUUGUACUUUGAGCCCUGCCUCAAACAUUAGAUGGUCUGUGAAGGAGGAAGUGUUGCAGAAAAAUGUGUUGCUUUCAGUUAAUUAAAUGUCUGCAUAUGGAGCUGUAAGACCUUAGAAGAUGUUGUGACUGCUAAACCGGUGAAGGUGGAUUGAUCAGUAAUCUCAGGAUGGGAUUCCACCUCUUGGACAUGCAAAUCUGUUGGAACAAUAGCAGUGCGUUUAUAUGUAUAUGUCAAUGUUUUUUUCCAGGUAUCUCUUUACAAAGACAUGUUAAAGAUAACUUCCCCCUCCCCCUCCCAAACGCUGCCACUGUCGAAGAUUAUCUGCUGAUAUUACUGUUGCUAACUUAGCAAAGGCACAAACACACUUUUAUCAAAGAAUCUGAAGGACAAUAAACAAAAUGCCAAAUGUG